GCAGAUCUUGUGCGGCAGUUUGAGUGACGACGGCGGGAAGACGCGGUUUGGACAGCUCGAGUAAUAAGAUGCCAAAGGAAAAAACGAGACUAAAAUCAAGGGGAAAAGUGGGAGGAUGUAAAACCAAGUUGCGUGCUCGUGAUAAAUGGCUUCGUCCUGAAGUGCCAGACAUAUCAAGAAUUUUGAAACUUCCUGGAAGUGAACAAGAAGAAGAGCCUGAUGAGUUGUUUGAUCCACCGUUGCAUAGUACUGCAGUAUCUGUUUAUGAAGACGAAGAAGCAGAAAAAGACCAAUACUCCGAGCAUGAUGAAUCCAUCAGUAAUUUAUCUGAGAACAGUGAACUUGAUGCUCCUGGGACCAUCAGUAGGGAAGCAAAACAAGGCCAGACUCAGAAAAGCAAAAAUCAGCUUGCCGUAAAAUCAAGGCGAGUGGAAAGAGAAGAUUCUGAACCACAACUUGCGGAAGAGAAUGUGAUGCCGAGGAUAAUUGCUAAAUCCCCUGUGCAGCAAGAGGAAGGGUCUUCACCAGAGAUGGAGGCAGAAAACAUUGAUCCAGAUGAUGAUAUCACACAUUCAGUAAAGAUUUGGCGGCCCAGUGGGUUUUCCAGGCGUGUCACAGAAUUGGAUGUUAUUCUGGACGAGUGUGAGAAAAUAACAGCCCAAUACAAACAGGGAGUGGAGAUGAAAAUAUGUAGGAGAGCUAUUGAUAGCUUUUAUGUUGGUUUCAGAGACCAGGCCGUCAACACUAGCAAAGAAGCUGAAGAACUGAGGAGAACAAAACUGAGAAGUUCAAAGAUGGUUGGAAAAAUAAAUAAGAAAAGGCUUCGUUUGUUUGAAGUUAAAGAAGAGCUAAUUAGAACUGAACCACAGCUGAAGAAAUUGCAAAGAGAAUGCACUGAACUAAGAGAGAAAAUAUCUUCUCUCAGAAAUGCAAGACGGUUACUGAAUAAUUUAAAGGACCUAAAACAGGAGCACGUCUGUAACCAAAAGAAAAAACCACAAGAAAAAGUAGUAUAUGGAGUCCACAGCCUUCCUGCCCUCCUGGUGGAAUCGCGAAGGAUUUUAGGAGCUGAAAGUCACUUUCAAAAUAUAAAUUCAAAGUUGCAACAAAUGUUGGAUUUACAAAACAAGUAGACAAAAAUAAAUUACAAGCAUUACAGAUUUUUAAUAGGACACUACCAGAUCUUACACAUUGAAACAAAUAUAAUUUUGAGCUUUAAAGUGCUGCAGGACAUCAGAAGACUGGUACACGCUGCUUAGACUGCAUGCAGUAUCCAGCCCAUAAGCUAAGCUUAGUGCAGAUUGCUGCAGAUAUUUAACAUUUGUGGUUACACUUGUAUGAUUUUAUUGUUGGAAUCUCUGUCAUUCUAUUUCAGGUUUUUGAGUAGUAAUUUUUCUGAAGACAUUCUUAGAAAGGCAUAAGCAAUUGUAGUCUUAUUAUGCUAAGAAAUACAGUCACUACUUUGUCAUGUAACUUGGUAUAUGAUAAGUAGCAAAGAUAGGACAGAUCAUUGAAUCUGAAAAAUUCUAUUAUCUUAGAAACUUUCCAGAUUUAAGAGAAGGAAAGUCCUUCUCUGUU